AUGUAUCAGCACGCACUGAAAGGCUUUGAGAAGGCGCUCGGACUGCAUAAUAUCACAUCUUAUUUCCCUGCACUUAAGACUGCAUAUAGUUACGGUAUGCUCUUUGAGAAUCAAGGUCGCUUAAGCGAUGCGAAAUUGAUGUACUCAAGAGCACUUAGAGGUUAUAAGGCUGUUUUUGAAACUCACUAUCACUGGUACCUGGCGGCUCAAAAGCGUCUUCAGAAUCUCGAGACCUCUCUAGAUACUUACUCCGAUUCACUGACAGCUGCUUCUCAACUUGAUCAGGAAACAAACAUCUCACCCGAGGCGGGAUCAGCGGGGUCGGCGGGAUUCAUAACAUCAAAACUUAAGUUAAGAUAA